CUCUUACUGAGAAGGACACUGCAAAGGGCACUCAAUAUGCUUGACACUACUAAAGUGGUGCAAAAGCUAACUGCUCGGGACUUCUGCACUCCACACCACCAAACAGAUUCAGAUCUGACUGGGACAUUAUUUCACAAUGGAGGACUUUGAAUACAGUGUGCACAUCUCAGAGCAAGACUGGAACUCUUUUUUUCAGGAGUGUGAGGACUGCAACCUAUUCUCUCCAGUACUUGCCAGCCGAGAGGACUCUGGCAUGAGUGAUAUUGAUGAAUUGGGGUGCCACUUUCUAGAAAGUACCUCACCUCCAGAUGCAGCAUCCACAGAGCCUGAUUCAAACCUUCAGAUAGAUGGCCCACUAGAGGGUUCUCCUGUGGAUGCUUACCUCAACAAGUAUGGAAUUUGUAGUUCAGGCCAAGUUCUUUCCGGUAGUGAGGAGGACUUGGACCUUCAGACAGUCAAUGUGUUCUUUGAGAAGUUGAGAUGUGCCACAGUAGAUAAACAGCCCUUAGAACAAAGCCAUGUUGUAAAUUGGGUAAGUGAGAAGAUGGACCAUCUGGAAGGUUUGAUUGAUAAGCAGGAUAUGUUGUCUGUAGAUGUUUGUCCAUCUGGCAAAAAUGAAGCCAAACUUAAAGGAGAAAUCACUAAGCAGGGCGAAGCUAAUACCUGGGGCAAUGUAGCCUUGGAAAAAGCUGUAGAGCCCACAUCUACUAAUGCACAAGAAAAUGCACCAACGUCCUCUGACAGAGAGCUAGUUACUGGAGAGGAGUCAUUGUCACUUCCACUAAUUACAGUAGGACUGAAACAGGAGCAGGAGGGAAGGUGUGGUGAUCUCAUCAAAGAGCUGAAACCUGAAGCAAAGCCUCCAGACAAAGGGAAAAUGCCACCUAUGGUGGUGGUUAAUAUGAUAGAUAUGACUGACCAAAAUCCAGCAAGACAAAACAUUGCUCAGUUGGAUAGUGGAAGCAGUUCAGACUCAAAAGACUCACCAGUCACUCAGAUCCCAGUGUCACCAUCCAAUCUAAGGAGAAAAAGGAGGAAGAAGAGGAUGAGUAUUCAGCCAGUAGAGCUAGGUCAUGGAUAUGAGGCUCAGUUCCAGGUCCGUCAUAGGGAAUCCGAGGAAGAGAGAAUUUUUCAAGGAGAAGAGAUAAACAACCUCCCUUUAAAUGUCACAAAAUCAGAACGCUUAUCAUUUAAAAGAAUUAAAACCCAUUCAACACCACAUACUGCUGAUACUUUUAGAGCUAAUUUACUGCUAAGCAGCACUUUUGCUUUCAAGGCUUCAGCUGACUUAAAGUCUUCAAAAAGCUUGCCAGUUUCUUUCACAACAUCUAAUUUAGGCAUUGAACAUACAAGCACUUAUGAUAUUUCCAAAAGCAUGAAUGACCUUUCACUUUCAAACCAUGGAAAAUUGAAAACAAAAGUUUGUGACUUUUCUUCAUUACCCAAGACUGAUAAAGUUCUCAAUUCACAAGAAAGUGAUAUUGUAUUAAAUAUAACAGAAUCGCUACCAUCUGGUCCUGUCAUACACAGAGAGACAAACUGUUCGCCAACUUGGAGCAGGACUGGUAUUAGAAAAACCUUAUCAGUGCCUCUAAGUGAUAAUUCUGAUGCAGGAUGUCAAAGGAAAUCCUUAUUAUCUCCUAACAUUUCCAUUGCAGCUGAUUCAAAAGAGACACCUUCCCUUCUAGUCUUGUCUGACUUGACUGCAUACCAAGAUUUAUCCUGUUUAAGAAAUGAGAUUGACUGCUCUACCUUUAAAAAUGAGCAACACUUGCUAAGCAAUAUGGCAGGAAUUUCUGACAUCAAACAAAGCAGCUUGUUUUUAACUGCAAGCAAAGGUGGAAUAGAAUCUUGCUCGGAUGAAAACAGUCCAAAAACAUUUACUUGUUCACAGGAUACUCUGCAAAAAAGUAAAGCCUUUACUCAAAUGGAUGCUCUAGAAUCUCAAAGCCAUUCAACUGCCAAAAUACACAUGAUUUUUCCAAAGACUGAGUGCCAUAUGCCUGAUAAUUGUGUCAUAUCUGAUGAUGGAAAAGAUGGGGCUCAUUUUCAAAGCAGAAAUAAGCAGAGUAGUAAAGUAUUAAUUGUGGAUGCCCAACCCAUAAGGCCAAGGAAUACAACUGAUGAAUCAGACGGUAAAGGAGACAUGAGUGUAAAUGAAUUUGACAAGUCAUACCAUGCUGUAGCAGACAGGAUUGAAGGUUACCACUUACUUUGUGGUAAGCCCACCAGAUCAAGUGAAUACGUAAGUGGAGAUGAAAUUAAGGAAGAAAGUAAGAUUCUCAGUGAAGAUGCUACUCAGAAUACUCUAGCUGAUGUGUCAGAAUUGCCUCAUAAUACAGUUGCUGAAAUGCAGGAGAUAUCCGCAUAUUGUCUUGAUUUAAAAACUGAAGCCAAAGAUCCAGAGAGUGUUGUUCUUGAUGCUGCAGAUCAAAUUCCAUGUCCUGUGUAUGCUAUCUCCUCCUUCUGGAAUGAAAUGGAAAAAUUGACUAUAAAUGACAUUUUGCGGCUACGGUUAAUUGGUAAUGCCCAAUACCCCAGUGUUCUGACCCAACCAGAGGAUGGGAGCAUCGUAGACACUACAGAUGCUGCAGACUCUGGUUAUUUUACACAACCAGAUGACCCUAAGCAAGAUCGCUUAAGUGGAGACAUGUCUUUCAUAUCUGAUUUGGAUGAAGACAUUGCACAGCUUCAAACCCAACUUUCUUUGAAGCAAGUAGAUGAGUCUUGUCAGUUUCCUAGCUCUUGCAGUGUGACAUGGGAGAAUGAUCCAGAUCCAGUGGUCAUGGGUGAAGAUAUUGUGCUCCCAGGUUCUAAAACUGUUCUUCCUGAACCUCUCUUUACAGUUAAUGCUCAACAGUGCUUUAGAAAAAUGUGUAAGAAUGUUAGUGUGCAGAACCUGCAAGCUCUAGAGGCUCAACCAAUCAGACGAAUGCAGAGAAAUGCUUCUUUGCAUUCAAUCCAUUCAGAGGUAGAAGAUAACUUAAUGGAUCCCUUUUACCAUGUGGACACCUCCCUCCCAAUGAGCCAAUCUGAUGAUGAGGAAAUGGAAAGUAGUGGUGUCACUUUUUCUGAAAUAAUCCAGUAUUUCUUUGGAGCAGAUGAACCUGAACAUUGUGCAUCUCGUGCAGACAACAUAGCAGCCUCAUACCUUGAUGGAACAGGCACUUCUGUGGCUGAGAUGUAUGACCAUUUCUUCUCAGAGUUUGAUGCUGAAAACUUUUAUCCACUUGCAGAAGAGUCAGGUGGUAAUAAGAAUAAAAUGGUCCCCAUAUUUUCCAGCUCAACUAAAAGAACCCUUGAAUUCCCAGAUGCAUAUGAUUAUUUCUUCACAGAUUCCCCUGUCCAUUCAGAUGAAGAUGAGAAUGACAAUCCACUGAUCAAAGAAGUGACAUGGUAUGACCAUAAGUCUUCCAACCAUGAUCCUGUUCCUGAAAGCAAUUUAUAUCCACUUGUUGAAGAGUCAGUUGGUAUUAAGGAUAAAAUGGUUCCCAUAUUUUCCUGUUCCCGCUCAGCUAACAGAAACCUUGAGUUCCCAGAGGCAUAUGAUUAUUUCUUCCCAGAUUCCCCUGGACAUUCAGAUGAAGAUGAUGAGAAUGACAAUUCAGUGAUCAAAGUGAUCACACGGUAUGACCACAAGUCUUCCCGCCAUGAUCCUGUUGCACCACCAGACAUGUAUGAGCACUUCUAUUCUGAAGAACAUUUUCAGAACAACUUCCUCUGGACAAAUCCUCUUUCAUUUAGAAGAGUUCGACGCACAGGUUUUACAGUCCCUGAAGAUAAUUCAUGUUCCUGGGCACUCGCCCCUGUGAAGCCAUUCCCAAAAGGAAUUCAACCUAUCAAUGUUAUUGGCCUUGAAAACAAACCAUUCCCAGAUCCUUUGCUCCUCAGCAUAGAGAACUGCAUCUACCAGCAGCUAGCUGAGCAACAGAAGCAAUGUAAUGAGAUGCAGACAGCAGUUGCUGAUCCGAGGUUGGAUGCCCCAUUCCUGCCUCUUAAACAGGCAGAUAUGUGCUUGGUUUGCAUAGCUUUUGCCUCUUGGGUGCUGAAAUCGACCAGUUCAGGAACAGACGCAUGGAAAGCUGCUCUUCUCGCGAACGUCAGUGCACUCUCGGCCAUACGAUACCUACGGAGACACAAGAGGGAGGAGGUUUCUGGGAAAACUACUUUGCGUCAGAUAGAGCCUCCAUAACCCCAUUAUAGCUCACCCAAUGUCCCAGAUAUCAUUUCAGUCACAUCACCCUUUUUCCAUGUAAUCCAAAAAGGUGUUGAAUGAAUGUCAAACACUUCAUGUAGGACAUUUUCCAUGUUUCUCAGUGCUUUUCAUUUACCGUUGAUGAACUCAGUUGAAAACAAUAUACAGUAUACAGUGCUGUUAAAAAGUAUUUGCCCCAUCCUGAUUUCUUCUAUUUUUGUGGAUAUCUCAUACUAAAUUGUUUCAAAAUUAAAACAAAAUGUAACAUAAAACAAAGGAAAUCUGAGUAAACACAAAAUACAGGUUUUAAAUGAUAAUGUUAUUUAUUGAAGCAAAAAAGUUAUCCAAUACCAACUGGGCCUGUGUGAUAAAGUAUUUGCCCUUGGUUAUUAAAUCCCCAAAUCUAUUAAACUGCAUUCAUAAUGGAGUUCAGCUGGACUAGACACACCCAGGCCUGGUUACUGUCAGCCCUGUUCAAUCAAAUCAACACCUAAAUAGAACUUUUUCAGCAGCAUGAAGUUGGCUAAAAGGUCUCACCCAGUAGCACACUAUGCCAAGGUCGAAAGAAAUUCCAGAAAUGAUGAGGAAAAAGUUGAUUGAAAUACAUCAGUCUGGGAAGAGUUACAAAGCUAUUUCAAAGGCUCUGGGACUCCAAAGAACCACAGUGAGAGCCAUUAUCACCAAAUGGAGAAAACCUGGCACAGUAGUGAACCUUCCCAGAAGUGGCCGACCUUCCAAAAUUCCUCCAAGAGCAUAGUGACAACUCAUCCAGGAAGUCACAAAAAAGCCAAGGACAACAUCCAAGGAACUGCAGGCCUCCCUCGCAUCAAUAAAGGUUACUGUUCAUGACUCCAGUAUCAGAAAAACACUGGCCAAAUAUACCAUCCAUGGAAGAGUGGCGAGGUAAAAACCACUGCUAACCCCGAAGAACAUUAAGGCACGUCUGAAUUUUGCCAAAACACACCUUGAUGAUCCUCAAAGCUUUUGGGAGAAUGUUCUGUGGAUUGAUGAGUUGAAAGUGAAACUGUGUUGAAGACAGUGGUCCCAUUACAUCUGGUGUAAAUCAAACACAGAAUUCCACAAAAAGAACAUCAUACCUACGGUCUAGCAUGGUGGUAGUAGUGUGAUGGUGUGGGGAUGCUUUGCUGCUUCAGGGCCAGGGCGACUUGCAAUAACUGAGGGAAACAUGAAUUCUGCUCUCUACCAGAAAAUCCUAAAGGAGAACGUCUGGUCAUCAGUCCGUGAGUUGAAGCUCAAGCACAACUGGAUUAUGCAGCAAGACAAUGAUCCAAAGCAUAGAAGUAAGUGCACCUCUGAAUGGCUCAAAAUAAGAAAAAUGUAAGUUUUUGAGUGGUCUUGUCAAAGUCCUGACUUGAACCUGAUUGAGAUGCUGUGGCAGGACCUUAAAUUGGCAGUUCAUGCUUGAAAACUCUCCAAUGUGGCUGAACUAAAGCAUUUCUGCAAAGAAGAGUGGGCCAAAAUUCCACCACAGCAUUGUGAAAGACUGAUAUCCAGGUAUUGGAGGUGUUUGGUUGCAGUUGUUGCUGUUAAAGGUGGCACACUAUUAAGUUUAAGGUGGCAGUUCAUUUUUCACAUGGGUGAUAUAGGUGUUGGAUAACUUUUUUGCUUCAAUAAAAAUAUAUAUAUUUGAAAACUGUAUUUUGUGUUUACUCAAGUUGCCUUUGUUUUAUGUUAUAUCUUGUUUGAAGAUCUAAAACAAUUUACUAUGAAAAAUACACAAAAAUAGAAGAAACCAGGAAGGGGGCAAAUAAUACAUGAGAUCAGGCCAGUGGAAGUAUAUUUAUAAUAUUCUUGCAAAAUUUUUUGUUUCAGUACAAGCUCAUCAGCAUAUUCACACUUAACAUGAACAAAGUGAUUUAUGAAAUGACCAAAGCCUUUAUUAAAGAUGUUCUGCAUUCACUGCUUUACAAAUACGGUGAAUGCUUUUGUGUGUUGUGAAGAGAGAAGCAUUAGGUGUUGAUGCAUAUGUUUAAUAGUAUGAUGCUGAUGAAAGCACUAGGAUGGAGAUAGCAUGUCUAAAGUGUACUUUUGGAGAGUUUUAAAGGAAAGAGUUUGUGUGUUUGUGCAAAUGGACAGUUAAUAUAUUGUGAUAUUAUUGAGAUGCUGGAAUCUGGAUCCAAAUUAUUCUUUGGUGUAUUUUAUACACCUAAAAAUAAAGGCACACCCCCAUGUGAUGCUACUUCAGGUCUGAAAAUGUAAAAAAAAAAAAAAAAAAAAAAAUAUAUAU